UUAACAUUCACGUUGUGAAUCGCGCUGCAAAAUGCAUCGCCGGACCGGUAUCAUGCGAACCUAUUUAGCAAGCAUGCGAUAAAUACAGUCUCCUCUCAGCCAUUGAAUUGAAAUCAUGAAUUUGUAUCUGGCUGUUUUAUAUUGUGUGACACAGUUAGCAGCUGCGAAGUUUAGCUUCAAAUCUUGCAGCUUCAAUGAAAUCUGUGUUGAUGUCAGGAGCUGUCCCAGCUAUAAGCGGUAUGCAGAUACAGACUUCAGAUCAUGGCCUAUGGAUGUCCGCUCCAAGGCAAGGGAGGACCUUUGCUACCACGAGAAAAUUGGUAACGCAACAGUGUUGAGCGUUUGCUGUUCAACGGUGAUGAAUAGUGCAAAUUGUGGCAAACAUGAGGAUGAUCGGAUAUCGAAAGGCAGAGCAGCGGAGCCAUUCUCCUAUCCGUGGAUGGUGCUGCUUCGUAAUGCGACUGGAGGAUUCGUAUGCGGUGGAACGCUAAUAAGCCCUAGAUAUGUACUGACGGCGGCUCACUGCACUAAAUAUGGGUCCAUUGUUUCGGUAAGAUUGGGAGAGAACGAUAUAAGCAAAGAUGAAGAUUGCAUCGUGAGGGCUGACGAGCGAGACUGCACGCCGCCCCCACAAGAUAUAGUCGUAGACCGCGAAAUUCGUCAUCCGGGUUACAGCAACAGGCAUAAGAUAAAUGAUAUCACGCUGCUUCGAUUAGAACAUAGCGCCACAUUGGGAGAUAGUGUUCGUACGAUUUGUCUCCCCAACGCUACACUGCAUGAACGCAUGGUCCAACCUUCGUCUUACAUCGUAUCGGGAUGGGGCUUAACGGAAAACGGAACGUCCUUCGAUGUCCUGCGAUAUGCCGAAGUACCUUCCGUAUCUCCGGAGAACUGCUCCGUAAGUCUAAGAAACUUGCACAGCAGCUUUCGGAUGGACGAAAGCCAUAUUUGUGCCGGUGGCGUAGAUCAGGUGGACAACUGUGCAGGUGACUCCGGUGGCCCACUGCAGUAUGUGGCAGAUCUUUCGUCGCAGUUUGUCCAACAGGGGAUCGUUUCGUUUGGAGUGCGAUCGUGCGGAGUGCAGAGUGAGCCAGGCGUAUACACCAAGGUUCGCAACUUUAUUAGCUGGAUCGUUGAACACGUGGAUGAAUGAUAUAGGAUUGUGAAUCUCCGUGAAUUAAAAAAAACUAAAGUAUUGGUAAUAUUCUUCUUAAUUGUUUUUUUUUAAUUAGGUCAUAUCAAAUAUUAUUUAAAAGUUAUAUCCAAAUGAUUUUUCCAAUGGUUAAAAACAAAUAUAAGGUAAAUCUAAC